AUAUAUGGAUCCGUACUAGAUUCUUUACCGACAGUGGAAGAGAACACGACGGUGAUAACGGAGGCUCAACUCUCUGUUUCAUCCUCUUUUGCUUUUGCCUUGUACCAUUGACCUUGACCCUCCCAACCCACAACUUCCUCUCUCUCUCUCUCUCUCUCCUUUCCUUGCAUCUUGGGACAUUGCUUUGCGUCUUCAAUACUAAUUCCCUUCAUUUUCCACCAGCAAUUGAAAACUCUCAUUUUUUUUUUCAUUUUUUAUUAUCAAAUUUUGAAUUUUAUAAUUCCUUAUUCAAUUCCCUUCCCUCUGAAUCCUUUUGAUCCUGUUGAAGCCACCAACCAUCCAUCUCAGCACCGAAUUGUUUGUUUGUUUCUUCAUUUGGGAGGUGACGCAAGAGUGCUGUUAUUCUGAUUUAUGAAACCUUGGAGUUAGAUUCUAAAACUGGUCUACUUGGUGCAUACAAAAAAAGAUAUUUCCCUUCCACCGUUUGAUUUGCCUUGUAAAUAGAAUUUCGUCAAAUUUCUGUUUAUUCAUGGGGGAGUGGAUUGUUGGAGCUUUCAUCAACCUCUUUGGUAGCAUUGCUAUAAACGUUGGGACCAAUCUUCUUAAAUUAGGGCAUAAUGAGAGAGAAAGAGAUUCUGUACUUGGAAGUGAUGGGGCAAAUGUAAAGCUGCCUCUAAAGCCUAUUAUACACUUCCAGACUUGGAGAGUUGGUAUGAUUUUUUUCUUUCUUGGAAAUUGCCUUAAUUUCAUUUCCUUUGGGUAUGCUGCUCAGUCACUUCUUGCUGCCCUGGGAUCUGUUCAGUUUGUAUCUAACAUUGCAUUUGCAUACUUUGUCUUGAACAAAUUGGUAACAAUCAAGGUAUUGGUUGCCACGACUUUCAUUGUUCUUGGCAAUGUUUUUCUAGUUGCUUUUGGCAAUCACCAGUCGCCUGUUUAUACACCAGAGCAGCUGGCAGAAAAAUAUACGAAUGGUGCAUUCCUUCUGUACCUUACAGUUUUGAUCUUAGUUAUUGCCUUGCAUCACGCCAUUUACAGGAGAGGAGAACUUCUGCUUGCCUUAUCGGGACAUGAACUAAGACCUUAUUGGCACCUGCUUCUGCCCUUUUCUUAUGCUAUAGUUUCAGGUGCUGUAGGUUCAUGUUCAGUUCUAUUUGCAAAAUCUCUUUCUAACCUCCUACGACUGGUCAUGUCCAAUGGUUAUCAGUUGCACAGCUGGUUCACAUAUUCCAUGCUUCUUUUAUUUCUUAGUACAGCUGGAUUUUGGAUGACCAGGUUGAAUGAAGGACUAUCCUUGUUUGAUGCAAUUCUUAUUGUUCCCAUGUUUCAGAUAGCAUGGACUUUCUUCUCCAUCUGUACAGGAAUUAUAUAUUUUCAAGAAUAUCAGGUAUUUGAUGCGUUAAGGACAACAAUGUUUAUACUUGGAAUGACAUGUGUGUUCAUUGGCAUUUCUUUGCUGGCACCUGAUGAGUCAAAAGGUGCUGAGGCUAAAGAUAGUUCUGUGGAUUCUAUUGUCUCUUCUGGCAUUUCAACAGAAGCAAAAAGGCUGGUAGAAUCUUCUGAAGAAGCACGAAACACAGACACGAGAUCAUUUAUAAAAGGAACUACGAAGAAGAUUUCGGAUAUGCUAGUUAAGGCAAAGGCUACUUGUGCAUUGUCUCUAGGUUUUGGGGAGGACACCAUUCAUGCAUCUUCAGUUUUUGUGAUGCCGAUGAUGUCAUCAAGAAUGACUGGAUUUAGAGGUAGUGGGCUUGAGCGAGCAAGGGUUAUGUCAAUGAGAAAUUCUGGUUGGCACAAUAUCCCUGUAGAAGAAGAAGAUGCUGUAAAAUUGCUCGAAACUAGUACAAGUCUCCCCACCAGCCCUUGAUAGAGGUAGUAGCUAUAGGACGUUCCUUUCUUGUCUUACCAUUUCAUGUAAUAAUGAUUGGAGGCUCUGAGAUUCAAAACCAAUUAUAAUUCAAUUAUUUUCUCUGCCGAGCAUUCAUGUAAUAUUCUCCAAGAAAAAGA